GAAAAUACAUCCUAGCAUGGAAGAUGCACCAAGCCACUCAGUGUUGUACUUUGACCCAAACAAAAGUACAGAAAAUUUUGCACGUCUUUGUCAGUUUUUAAUGACGAUAUGCAGUGACGUUUUGAGGGACAUUUUAUGUCAACAUAUAAAACCAGUUGAUCUGAGAUCAGAGUUAGACAAAAAGAGAUCAAAACUAGAAAAGAUAACGAAUGUGCAGGAAAAAAACUUACUCUAUCCUCCACAUUCAUCUACAAGUUGUGUUCCAGAAAUAAGAUCCAGAGAUCUUGAUUUAUCAUUAUUGUACAAGAUUUUGCGGAAUAUAUGCAAUAUUCCGACACAUAUAGCUGGUUGGGGCAAUCAACCUGUUUCGGGUGACUUUUCAUUGGCUGCAUGCAUAGAAAGAAUACGCAUUCUAAGAAAUUCCGUUUCUGGUCAUUCCACUUCUGGAACUGUUAAUGACGCAGAAUUCAAAGACUACUGGAUGGAAUUAAGGAAAUCCGUAGUGGAGAUUGAGAGAGAAGUCACUGGUAGCGAUAGAUAUGAAAAAGGAAUAGACCAUUUACAUGACUGUGAUUUGAACCCGACCAAAUCCAAGGAAUAUGUGGCCCAAAUUCGAAGAAAUGCAGGGGAAAUUAUUGUGAAACGAGAGAGAAUUAAUUUGGUUGAAGGGGAAAUUAUUGUGAAACGAGAGAGAAUUAAUCUGGUUGAAGAGGAAGUAAAUGCGAAAAGAGUUAGAUUAGACAAUUUAGAGGAAAGUCAUGCGGAAUUACAGGAAAGACAAAGAAAGUUAGAAGUCAACUUUACUCAGGGCCUAAUAGAUGUGAAAUCCGCAGUACUGAAAGAACUAAAAGAAGGUUUGAAAAUUGCCAAAAACUGGGCGAGUAGAAAAGACACCGUAACAUACUCAUCGAGCAGAUCAACAGCCAUUAAAUUCAAAUCUCCUGUAUCAUUAAACGAUAUCCUUCAUUUCUCCAUGACUUCGACGCCAGAAAACAAAUGUUGGUUGAUGGUUCCCCGCAACAUGUCAUCAGAGGAAUCGGCGCUUCAUAGAGACGCAGGGCGCUCCACGCUGUAUCUUCUUGAUGAAGUCGAUAUUAUCAAGGAAUUUAGUAUACCAAAAAAGUAUGACAUUUGGUUAUUGUCAUGUAACAUUAUCACAAAUGACAGCGAAGUCGUAUUUAUAAGUGGGAGAUCAUUAGUAGCUGCUAAUGAAGACGGUGAAUUCAGUAAACUUUUUGAUAUUUCUUUACCUUAUAAACCUAAUCCUUGGAGUGUUUGUCUUACCCCUGCCGGUAACUAUAUCUUUUAUAUCGGAGCUCCUCUUCAUCGUUUUAUCGAAUACAGUAAAACAGGUAUUCCUCUGCGACAAUGGAAGAUUCAAAAAGACUUUCUCCAUUUUAUGAAUGAUGUACAUCGAAAUACUAACGAAGACUUGAUUCUCACAAAUCGAGGUUUGUUUUCUCACUCCCAAACUUUGGUCAUCGUAGACGAAUCUUUCAACCUAAAAUGUCAGGUAGACAUUGAACCUGUGGGAAGAAUAAUACCACUUAUGAACAAUAAUUGCGACUUGCUUUACGGUCAUGGACAGUCCAUCGACUUACUGGAUAAAAAAGGGAGAUUUGUCGAGACUGUUUACAAUACAAAUAGACAGGAUACGAUAACGGAUUUUGCUUACAGCAAGAAUGGUACCAUGUGGGUCCUCUAUGAUUCAUUCGAAAUUGGCAUAUUCAAAUUGGAAAUUCCAGUUGAAGGAAGCACUUAAAAUCUUGCAUCUAAAAUUAUUUUUCAAAUUUAAGGAGGAAAAAUUGAAAGCUUAUGGAUGCAUGUAUAUGAUAUGUUUAUUUUCGACCUGAUAUAAUAUUCAAUACAAUAGCUGUUAGUGUUUUAUCAGUAAAUCCAAUUGAUCAAAUCACAGAAGGUGUGAUCAAGAAAAGUAAAUGCAUGCCUUGACUAUGAUGUAUAAAAUGGUAGAUAAAACCCUUUACUUGACAAGACUAUACAUUUCUGGUUUCUAUUGAUUACUGUUUUCUAGUUAAAUUUCAUUACAAGGACGAUAA